AUGAAUACAAUAAGAAACACCCUCGAGGACUUCGAGUGUCGCGAGGGUUUCCUCAAGUGCAACAACGGCUUUCAGUGCUACAACGCCACCUGGCGGUGCGACGACAAGAUCUUCUGUUCGGACGGCUCCGACGAGAAGGGAUGCGGAGUUCACAGCAGGUGGCGCUCGCGGCAGGGCGUCGACCGCGAUUACUACCUACAGUCGAUGGUCGAGCGGUCGCGAGAGGGCGACACCGUCGCCGCUGAGUGGAGCCUGUGUCUGUCGGGGGUGUCGACGACGUGCGACGAUGGCCGACGCUGCUUCCUCGACUUCCUGCGAUGCGACGGACAGGCGGCGUGCGCCGACGGCAGCGACGAACACCACUGCCUAAACUACACGUGCCCGCCCGAGAAGGUGAAGUGCGCCGACCUGGAAACGUGCGUCUUUCGCGAGUACGUCUGCGACGGAGUGCGUCACUGCGCGGACGGAAGCGACGAGCUGUCGUGCGGCACACCCAUCCGUCAGGAGCCCCGCACCAGCACCACACAGCGUCGCAGACCCGCCACCAAGCGCCGGCAGUUGGCGGCACCGUCGCCGAGGGGCGGAGGACGUUAG